AAACUAAACACUGAUAUUCAACCUAAUCAAUCUCAGCACCAAAUUGAUUUGCAGAAAUGGCAACCUUAAAGCAGACUCUAGGAGACCUAAACAAGGAGUCGUUCGUGGGGCUUCUUUCCAAGCUGAUCGGCGAGUCCAAGUUCGUGCAGAACAACCCGCCGGAGCUCAUCCCGGAGGAGGACAGGAUUGUCAAUCAUGUACUCAAUGUCCUCCGUCCCUACAGCACCGCCACCGGCGGACCCCUCCGCAUCAACCACGUCACCUAUAAGCCCAACCGCGGAAAUCUCAUCGUCGAGUAUCCCGGCACUCAGCCCGGAAAAAUCCUCUCCUUCGUUGGAAUGCACAUGGACGUCGUCACCGCCAACCCUUCUGAUUGGGAUUUUGAUCCUUUUAGUUUGGGUAUCGAUGGUGACAUGCUUAAAGGGCGUGGAACUACUGAUUGUUUGGGGCAUGUCGCCUUGGUGGCUGAAUUGAUGAGGAGACUGGCUGAAACAAAGCCUCAGUUGAAGUCUACUGUUGUUGCUGUCUUUAUUGCCAGUGAAGAGAAUUCAUCCAUACCUGGAGUAGGGGUCGAUGCGUUGGUGAAGGAUGGAUUGCUCAACAACUUGAAGCAGGGGCCUCUGUUUUGGAUUGAUACUGCAGAUAAACAGCCUUGCAUCGGAACUGGGGGUAUGAUACCGUGGAAGCUUCAUGCUACUGGAAAGCUAUUUCACAGUGGUCUAGCCCACAAGGCUAUUAACCCCUUGGAGCUAGCCAUGGAAGCAUUAAAAGUCAUACAAUCACGUUUCUAUGAAGACUUUCCACCCCAUCCAAAGGAGAAAGUAUAUGGAUUUGCAACACCAUCAACCAUGAAACCAACUCAGUGGUUUUAUCCAGGAGGUGGAAUCAAUCAAAUUCCAGCCGAGUGUACGGUUUCCGGAGAUGUUAGAUUGACACCAUUUUAUAGUGUAACUGAUGUAAUCAAGAAGCUCGAGGCAUAUGCUGAAGACCUGAAUACAAACAUAGAAAAACUGGGUACACGAGGCCCUGUUUCUAAAUAUGUUUUACCAGAUGAGAACCUCAGGGGAAGGUUGGCUAUUACCUUUGAUGAAGCAUUGUCUGGAGUGGCUUGCAAUCUUGACUCUCGGGGCUUCCAUGUCCUAUGCAAAGCUACUGAAGAGGUGGUUGGUCAUGUAAAACCCUAUUCUAUCACGGGUAGUUUGCCUCUUAUACGCGAGUUGCAGGAGGAGGGUUUUGAUGUGCAAACCGCCGGCUAUGGCUUAAUGGCUACGUAUCAUGCGAAGAAUGAGUAUUGCCUUUUCUCCGACAUGGCCCAAGGCUACCGGGUCUUUGCUAGCAUCAUUACGCAGUUGGAAGAGUGAAUCUUAAUAGGUUAUGUUGCAUAGGCUUUUGAGUUUGAGCAUAAUAUAUCAAAAUGAUGAAUAAAUGAGUAUUAGGUUCCUGAAUCUUGUGAUCUUUUGGUAUAUUGCUAAUUGGACUGGAGAAUUGUUCAAUCUUGUCCUUAUGAAUUUAUGUUUGAAUGCGACAAUAUUUAUAUUUUCUAAAAUCUUUAAGCAUAUGGGCACAUGUUUUGUUCA